CGGGAGGCUGUAAGCAUACCUGCCAGGGGACAGCCCCGCCCUCUGGAGUCUGGCCACCCCCUGGGAAGGGUGGGACUGGUUGCCAAGGUGGAAGGGCCUCAGGUGGCAAUUAUCACGGAUCCGGAAGCAGGAAGUAGUUGUUCUCAGGACCUGGGACCUGCCUGGCUGGGGGAGCUCGGAGGCUGGUGGCACCCAGAGGCCUUGAGGUGAGAUGGACUUGGCGGGAGACCUGGACAAAGAGCUGGAGGCCACAGCCCAGGAAGUGCUGGGGAAACUGAGGAGCCGUGAACUGUUCCAGUCCACCUGGGACACUGCUGCCUUCAUCAUCUUCCUCAUCUUCCUCGGCACCGUGCUGCUCCUGCUGCUGCUUGUUUGUAUCCACUGCUGCUGCUGCAGCUGCUGCAGCCGCCCUGCCUCCAGACACCAGAAGGUGAGCCUCGAGCAGGAACGCCCCAGGGGAGUGGAUAACUUGGCCCUGGAACCUUAACACAGCGAGCCCACCACCCCCGAGCCCACCAUGUCCCUGCCCGUGUGACCUGUUGGGCAACAGUAACAAUGCCUUGUUUGCCCA